AUGACUAACACUGGCGAAGCGCACGUUGUCGAAUCUCAGGACACCAUGAAGAAGAUCGAAUCGUUGUCGACGAUGCCCUAUUGGUGAGUCAUUCUAUUUUCUGUAAGCGCGUUUAUACGUCAAAUGCCAAAAUCAAACUUUUGGGAAGUUCUCUGAUAGAUACCAUUACUAUUGUCCUUUUUCUUAUCACAUCUGGCCUGCAUGUCUACUUGCCUCACUCCGUUUGCCGUGAUCACAAAGUGAUCUCAUAUCAGUACCGAAUGUUGGUCAAAUGCUAUUCGGAAUGUAAUUCACGCGACUUGCGAUGUGUUCCGAACCCAGUUUGAGUUUUUUGAAGCAGUUAUUUCGGUAGACGUCUGUUUCGAAUGAUAGAAGCGAAUAAGGAAAAUUUGUGGAUUGGGUUAGAAAUUAUCUAAAGCAUUCCGAUUCUUGAAUUGUUCCUUUCGAAACAUCCAUCGGUACAAUCCAAGUUAGGCGCUUCUGAUGCGUACUAAGUGUAGCUGGUCUCUCAAUCCGUGUUCUUAUCAUGACUAAUUCACAGUACACAACGUGGGUGUUAUCAUUCCGAUAAUCAGUCCACCUCCGACACACAGUUCCAUUGCCUGCACUCGAAGAAGAUCGCAAACUGAUCUAUCAAAUUUACAUCUUCCGCCUGUUUUUGAGAGGAAAGAUGUGUAUCUUGAAUUGGGGAGAACAAAAGAAAACGGAGGAAGAAGAUUUCCAGAAGAUUCGGAAGAUUUCCUGUUUAUCAAGGAAAUCCGUGUGCCUUUUUGUUCUCAGAAUAUAGUGGAGGAUAUAGAAUGAAGUUAACAUGAAGAAUCCUGAAAAGUGCAAAGUUGAAACGGUGAACUGUUCUCAUGUUGUCAUAGAUCAGAUGAUUGAAGAGUAACAGUGUAAUCGGACAAAGGGCAUCCCGAAGUACUAUUACGUGUUCGUCUCUUCCGUACCCUUCUCACUAUGUUCUUCUAGAUUCUUAUCGUCGGAUCACAUGAUCCAGAUAAACUCCGCCCGUUUCUCCUGUUCCUGUUUUUAAUCAUUCAUAGACCACCCAUAGAAUCAUUCCAAACUUUCCCCGUAUUCACCUAGACAUGGUUGCCUUUAAUAAGACGUAAAAAGCCUAGGGAAAGCCUGAAAGUGACUAAAUCCUUUAAGUUUCAGUGGUAUCGACACUGAUGAUACUGCCGUUGUCGAAGAAAAACAGGUCGUCGAGACCGGAAGAAGCUGGUCGCCAAAGUAAGUUUUAUAAGACUUUGGAAAAGUAUCACAUCUUAUGACUCUCAGGCAUUACGAGCUUCUCCACGAACGCAUCGAGCGUCUGAUUGAGGAGAAACAGCACUUCUUCUCUCUUGAAUUCUUCCCUCCUCGCUUCGUGAAUGGAGUUCCGAACUUUCUGGAACGUGUGGAGAGACUCUCGGAAGGAGGAUCCGUGUUUGUCGAUAUGACGUGGCACAUGGGAAGUGACCCUGCCAACAUAGACAAAGUCACUUCCUCCUCUUCGAUCGCCGCUUCAAUGCUCGACUACUGCGGAGUGGACACGAUGCUGCACAUGACCUGCGUUCAAUACGAGAAAGAAAUAACUCUGAAACACUUGGAGCAGGCCAAAGCGAUGGGAUUGAGAAGUAUUCUCGCGCUGAGAGGAGAUAUCCCAGCAGGCGUAAGUUCCGAUUCACUGUGCGUCUCAUUUUAUGCAAAAUUUCAGACUGACAUCGCCGACACCAAUCAAUUCCGUGCUCUCGACAUGAUCCGCUGGAUUCGUGAAGAGUACGGAAACUACUUUUCGGUCGCUUGCGCCGGAUACCCUCUUGGGCAUCCACAGGCUCCUUCCUACAAGGCGGAUCUCUUGUACCUGAAGGCUAAAUGCGACGCCGGAGCCAACUUCAUCAUUACUCAGCUGUUUUUCGAACCCGAAACCUUUGAGAAUUUCGUCCGUGACUGUCGUGAGAUCGGAAUCACGAAGCCAAUUAUUCCUGGAAUCAUGCCUAUUAUGGGAUACGAAUCCAUCAAGAGAAUCGCGAAUCUCUCGCAACUCGAGAUUCCUCAGCACAUUCUCGACGAUCUCGAGCCCAUCAAGCACGACGACGACGCCGUUCAAAAGUACGGAACCGAGAAGUGUAUCCAGAUGUGUCGGAGACUUCUCGACAACGGAACCGCCCCCUCUAUUCACCUGUACACGAUGAACCGUGAGGGAAGCAUUCGCGAGAUUCUGAAGGCUCUCGGUCUGUGGAAGUUGGAGGGAGACCGUGUGUUCCCAUGGAAGAACCGCUCGCAGCACCCGAUCCGCUGUCUCGAGAGCGUCCGUCCGAUCUACUGGAGCUUCCGUCCUCGCAGUUACAUCACCAGAACUCGCGAUUGGGAUCAGUUCCCCAACGGAAGAUGGGGGAACAGCUCUUCGCCCGCUUUCGGAGGCGUCGGCAGCUAUUAUCUGUCCAAUCUGACCGUGGGUCGCUGGUUUUUUACUCCAUAAUCUAUGCUCAUUCUUUUUACAGACACUCCGCAAUCCAGAAGACCGUCUCGCCAUGUUCGGAUCCACCAUCGAUAGCUUCGAAGACGUGAAGCGUGUCUUCAUCAACUACAUCACUCAGUCAGCAAACGCCAGCGGAAUCAAAGUCACCGUCCUUCCGUGGACCGAAGCGGAAACCGGAGUGCAGCCAGAGACCUCCCUGAUCCGAGACCAACUCGUGUGGUGCAAUGAAAACGGCAUUCUCACAGUCAACAGUCAGCCAUCUGUGAACGGAGCGCCGUCGACGGAUCCACUCGUCGGAUGGGGAAAACCAGGAGGUUACUGCUAUCAGAAGGCCUACCUCGAGUGCUUCAUGACUGCCGAACUGUCCGAGAUGCUCAUUCAAAUCAUCGAGAGAGACUUCCCAAUCAGAGUCAACUAUCACGCUAUUGACAAGGAUGUAAGGAGUUUCAUCUCAAAUGAUCUGAGCAGAAAGUCUUUUUUCAGAGCUCUUUCGACAAAACGAACAGCGAGGAAACCACUCCGAUCGCUGUCACUUGGGGAGUCUUCCCGGGAUCGGAGAUCGCCCAACCAACAGUCGUCGACCCACUCUCCUUCCGUGCUUGGAGAGACGAGGCAUAUCAGAUGUGGAUGGCUCAAUGGUAAGAACCUCUUCUGUUUGAUCGAGAUGAAUGCAAAUGCACGAUUUCAGGGGAGACUUCUACCCGAGAGAGUCCAAGUCGUACGGAGUGAUCAAGACAAUUCACGACGAGUUCCGUCUCGUCACUCUCGUCGACAACGACUUCCAGAAGCCGUCCGUUCUCUUCGACGUCCUCCAGAGAGCACUAGAAAAGCUCCGCGCGAAGAGUGGUAACUAA